AUGACCUCGACUGCAACCUUGUCGCCACUCCUCGGCUCUGGUUCUCGUCCCAGUCGCUUCCCGACCUCUCCUUUGUUCACAACGUCGCGUCAAACCUACGAUGACCUGGUCCUGGAUACUGCCAGAAAUCAAUUUGGGCCCACCAGGUGGGACCAAAAUGGCCCGUGGAACCCCGUGCAAGAUGGCGCUCAUCUCUCCCCGGCGCACAUGAAUCGUUCCCGUGGGGGUGGUCACGCCGCUCGGAGCUACGCAGCCAGCGACGGCAUUCAGCAACAACACCCUGACACUGAGAGUAUCAUCAGCGAGAGCAUCUUCACGUGCACCACGGGUACGCCGUACACGGCCCCAACCGAAUUCUCAACGUACCACGAGAGCCCCGGCAAGCAAAAUUCACCAAGCCUACACCGCCCGAGAUCGGCCCAGUCCGGCGCGGACCAGAGCGCCCACGGGUGCCCUCAGGGUUUCGUCGGACCUGCCCAGGUCAACCGCUACUGCGCUGGCGCGACAAGCGGGGACGAGGAUGGCUACGAGCAGCAGUCGACCUACUCUCCUACACCGACCUAUGGCGAGCUCUGUUCUUGGCAGGACGGCGAGGGGCGGAUGCCGCCGGCGCUAAUGGAAGUGCAACAAGCGCCUCCAACGUACGGUGGUUACGGGGAGUCUCAGUCGCGCAAUAGCCGAUACCCUCAUGACGGCUUGCCUUCGGCCGGGCUUCUUGCGAGCAUCAAGCGAAAGAGGAGCCCGGAAAACGAUUUCGAGGAGAUGCAGGCGCGCAGAAGCCGACACAUUCCUGGCAUGCUUCUCACCGGGCCCGCUGCAAGCAACAAGCGACGGAAGACUCCUGGCGAGCCUCACCGCCAGCGAAGAACCGGCCGCCGUACAGACCUUGGCGGCGACGACAACAACAAGGGCCGGGAAAGACGUCCUUUCCAUUGUGUGUUUUACUUUGCGGGCUGCAGAAAGGACUUCGCCACCAAGAACGAGUGGAAGCGUCACGUCUCGUCGCAGCACAUUCAGGACAAAGUGUGGAUCUGCGAUAUGGUGCCCUGCGGCGACCGAAGCAGCAAAAAGAUGCCCUCCACCUUCAACCGGAAGGAUCUCUUCGGCCAGCAUCUGAAGCGGAUGCACGGGCCCGACAGUCAGCACAAAACGACCAACGACAUCACGCGAAACCAGGCGUCUCCGCAGAUGAACGAGUUCGUCACCAAGGAGAUCCCAGUCAUCCAGGAUCGCUGCUGCAACGUCAAGCGGGAGCUUCCGCUGAGCAGCCUUUGCGGCUUCUGCGCGAAGCGGUUCGUGGGUCCCGGAAGCUGGGACGACAGAAUGGAGCACGUCGGUCGCCACUACGAGAACGCUGCCGCCACGACCGAGAACGUCAACCCUGGGUGCUGGACUCCCGAUCAGGGCCUGAUCGAUUGGGCCGUUAGGGAGAGGAUCGUCGUCCGCGGGUCCGAUGGCGCCUACACGCUUGGAAAGGUCGGCAAGGACGCGGUGAUGGGAAGUUGUUAG